CGGUAAUGCACACCAGAAGGUUGCUUGUCAAACGCCAUUAAAGAAAAGAAGAGGAAGAAGAAAUAGAAGGCACGCGACCUGGCCACGCCCCCUCGUUUCUCGACACACUUGCAGCUUUGAUGAUGAAUAAUCAACAGGUGGUGAAUAUAGAGCGCUUGCAGGCGCUGGAAACAUGGCUAAAAAGCACCGGCAUUAAGAUCAGACAAGUAAAUGGCCAGAGGAAAUAUGGCGGACCACCUAAGGAGUGGGAUGGUCCGACACCAGGACCUAACUGCGAGGUGUUCAUCAGUCACAUCCCUCGUGACACCUUUGAGAACCUGCUCAUCCCCCUCUUCAGCGCGGUGGGUCCGCUGUGGGAGUUUCGCUUGAUGAUGAACUUCAGCGGGCAUAACCGUGGAUUUGCCUACGCCAAAUACGCCUCAGCGGACGUAGCCAAAGAUGCAAUAAUGCAACUUCAUGGCCACGAGCUGCAGCCUGGUGUGCAAAUUAGCGUGUGCAGGAGCACCGAGAAGAAGCAUCUCUGCAUCACAAACCUGCCAACAAACACCAAGCCAGACCGCCUUCUUCAGGUGCUGCGUGGGCUGUCAGAAGGAGUAGAGAGACUUUCCCUCACAGCAGGACCAGGAAUAGAUGGCGUUUCUGCUCAAGUCUGUUUCUCUUCUCAUCACAAUGCUUCUAUGGCCAAGAGGAUGCUCGCAGAAGCGUUCCAGCAGCGGUACAAUUUGAGGAUUUCUGUCAUGUGGAUGAUGCACAUGAGAGGCUCAGAUGAUUCCAGUUUUGUGGUGUCACAACCAAACCUUGCAAGCAGCAUUGUAAAAGCCCCACCCAACUUAGCCCCGCCUCCUGGCCUGCAAUGCCCUUUGCCCAUCCCCUCUGAUUUCUGCAGAGCUGUGGGAGGACCCAUUGAUCCAAAAUCAGAGUGUGUAAAGCAUGUGCCCAUCUUGCCAGCGUCUCCACUGACGCUCCUGCAGAAGUUGCAUUUCGGAUAUCCGCACUUUGAGUUUCAGUGCAGCCACGCAGGACCUGAAGGAGUCAUUCACUUCACCUACAAAGUGUGCCUCCCAGGUGCAGGCUUCAUCUUCACAGGGCGGGUCGGGAUUCUGGCUGGACCCACGGCCGCUACCACCCUGAAGGUAGCAAAGGAAGCUGCAGCUCUUCAAGUCCUGAAGGCUAUGCAGUCUGCUGGCUUCCAACUUUAGUGUCAUUUCUCGCUUUCUGCUUCUUUUAGAUUACAACUAUUAUACUCUGUUUGCUUUGUAAUAUUUUUAUACCAUGUUUGUUUUAUAUUGUUCUAGUGUGAUUUGAUGUGUAUAUUGUUCUUCUACUCUGUGUGCGUUAUCUUUUACCAUGUUUUAUAUUCUUCUAGCGUGAUUUGACGUGUUUGGUAUUGUUCUUUUACUAUGCAUGCUUUUUAAUAUUGGUAAACAAUGCAUGUUUUCUAUUUUA